AUGACUGCUGUUGCGUCGCCACCAAGUGUGCAAUCUGCGCCUCGUUUAGGAUGGUACCCGACUGGUGACGGUGGACAAGGUGCCCUUACCUCAAUGAGUGCAGACGAGGUCUCGCGAAUGUUGAUGCCUCGCAAAAGCAUCCAGCGGUCCAACUCCUCUUCUUCCAUAUCUUCUACUUCCUCGACCUCCACUGUUGUCACCGCCCAGCAGCAGCCACAGAGUAAUGCUGCUCCUGCUGCCCAGGGCCCGAGCACCGAGUCCUCCAACGCAACAACGAGAAAGAAACCUUCACGAUACACCUGGUCCAGCUCAAAGUCGGACCCGGUCUCUGGGGUGACGAACACUCGACCACAGACCGUCUCCGUGCCGCCAUCGGGAGUCUCAGCAUCUUCGGCUAUGUCAGCCCUCCACCAGACUCCUCCCAUGGUACCAUUGCAACAUAUGAUGCAGCCCCAGCAGCAGCAGAACGGAGUACGCCCGGGGAAUAGGCCUCCUCACGAUCCUGCAGCAGUACUCUCGUUACUUCCGAUAAACGGCACUUUUGAACGAAAACAGAUAAACGUACCUUAUUUUCCCGAGGUACUGCGUAUUGGCCGCCAGACUAAUGCCAAAACACUUCCAACUCCUGCCAAUGGUUAUUUUGACUCCAAGGUGCUGUCACGACAACAUGCCGAGGUUUGGUCUGACAGGGCGGGGAAGAUUUGGAUCCGAGAUGUCAAGUCAUCUAAUGGAACCUUUGUCAACGGCCAAAGGUUGUCCCCAGAGAAUAGAGACUCAGAGCCCCAUGAACUUAGAGAACAUGAUGUGUUGGAGCUUGGCAUCGAUAUCAUCAGUGAAGACCAAAAGUCAAUUGUCCAUCACAAGGUUUCAGCAAAGGUCGAACAUGCAGGCGUAUAUGGGCCUAAUAUGAAUAUCUUGGAUUUAAACUUUGGUGAUAUAGAUCCAACAACAGGCGGUGGUUUACUGCCCCAUCACCUGAGCCAGCCUUUGUCUCAUAUGCGAGGCCGAGCGGGAAGUUCAUCCUCUACAGCAAGUGCACGAUCUGGACAAAGCAUGCAGGGAAGCCACCUAAGCAUCCUUCACCAACAACGACAGAUGAAUUACUGGUCCUCUCCAAUCUCAAUUGAACAGGUUGUGAAAAAACUCACUUGUGAGAUGAAACAAGCAAAGCAACAGAACCUCGACCUCGGCCAGACCACUGGGUUUCUCAGCAAUAUAUCAAACCCUGAGACAACAAACAAGGAACGAGCGAGUCUACUUAAUAAUGUAGCUGAGAGCCCAGUUAGCACAAAGCCCCCGGCACGCCCCAAAUUAAACAAAACAGACUCCAUGUCGAGAUUUUCAGAUCCUCCCGCACCACCCCCACAACAACCUCUACCCGAGAAGCCGGAUGCGCCACCACGGACAUUCUCUAUGGACUCCAUCCCGAAAGUGUCGCUGAGAAGAAGUGACACAGAAAAAGCAAAAGCUGCAACCGAUAUCCCACCAGGCCAGUCUAGCCAGAUAUUGUCUUUGAUUGAAGCUCUGACGACCACGAAGAAAGAACUAGAUCUGCAGGCCAGCAAGGUUAAAGAACUGGAAAAUCUUCUACGUCGUGAACAGAGUGCCCGUGAGAGCGCCGAAGAACGCGCAAGAAAGCUCGAAAGCCAACCGCCAAACCAUGUGUUACUUCCAAAUGGAAGUCAUCCUGGUCCAAACGGGGUUGUUGAUGAAGACGAUGAUAAACCUUUGGACAAGGCUGCUCCUGAGCCUCCAGCUGGUAAAGAUGUGAAAUCAUCUGCGAGCCCCGUGGAGACACCUCCUUCUCCUAUAAUACUUGAACCCUCUUCCGAUGAGCUGAAGCGCCGCAUCGACUCCCUACUCGCUGAAAUGGAGAGCGCAAAGAAGCAAAUAAAUACGUAUAAGGAGACUGCUGAGCGAGCAGAGAAGGACGCUGCUGAGAGCCGACAAACCCUCGCCGAGAUGAUCGAGAAGAUCCGACACGAAAAAUCUCAAGCAAAAGCAGCCUCGAGAACGUACCAGUCGUCGAGAGAUGGAUCGAAGGAAGAUGAUGCACUUCCCUCUACUUCGGCGGAUGAUGAAUCCACAGCCAACCAAUCUAGCUUGGACGAGAUAAUUGAGAAUUGUCAUCCGAUUAACCAUGAGAGAAUAAAAGAACUCGAAAUUGCAUCGACGGCUUUCGCGAAGCAGCAAAGACAGCAUUCGGCGUUAUUUGAACAGUCUGCACCAUAUGCAUCCAUGCUUGGUGUUGUUUUGAUUGGAGUGGGCAUAAUGGCGUACCUAAAUGGCUGGCAUAAAGUCGAACGAUAA